UCCGAUACCCUCUGGAUCUCAGAAAGUGUUUACAGAACAGAUUGCUGAACUCUCUCUCCUUUGCUGUAGAUUUGGAAAGAGAGCAGACAGAAGCAGCAGGUAGCCUUACACUGAAGCAGGACAAGAGCAGAAAGAAAACAGCUGGAAGAGACAAAAAUGCAACACAGCAAACUAGUAAGCUGACAAAGACAGAAAGCUAUGAAAGGGAAGAGAAGCCACAAAGAAAAUACAAACGUGCAUUCUAGUGUGUUGAUGGGAGGAGGAGUUACAAGCUAUUGAAAGAGAAGCAGAAUCAUAUAUGUGAAGAAGAGCACAUAAGAACUGAGAAAUAGGACAUAAGUGAAGCAAUCUAUUGAUAUUUGAUGAAAGAAAGUCUCUGAUUUUAUUAACAAGUAAUCAGAUUAGACAAGAAAAAGUAUUAAAGGGAGUUGAAGAGGAAGUGGGUGAAUACAGAAGAAUCAGUGGAGGGUAUUUCUCAAAUAAGUGGUUUUGAGAAAAGAAGUCCUUGUCCUAGGUGGAACUAUGCAUUUCUUGGUGCUGCGAUCUUCCUGAAGGUAAAGCCAUGGAAAACUCAACAGCAGAUGGGAUAACAGACAGCUACCCCCUUGUGUUCAAGGGAAAGUUUGAAACCUGCAAAGAGAAGGAUUGCUGUGAACGGGUGGUAAUCAAUGUCUCUGGCCUCAGGUUCGAGACCCAACUAAAGACAUUGGCCCAAUUCCCUGAUACCUUACUCGGUGACCCUCAUCGAAGGAUUCAUUUCUUUGACCCACUGAGGAAUGAAUAUUUUUUUGACAGGAACAGACCAUGUUUUGAUGCUAUUCUUUACUAUUACCAGUCUGGAGGCAGGCUAAAGAGACCCCCAAAUGUCCCCUUGGAUGUCUUUAUGGAGGAAUUGAAAUUCUAUGAACUUGGAGAUGAGGCACUGAUGAAAUUCAGAAUGGAUGAAGGCUUUCCAAAAGAAGAAGAGAGACCGUUGCCUGAGGCAGAGUUCCAAAGGCAGAUCUGGCUGCUGUUUGAGUAUCCAGAGAGCUCCUCAGCAGCCAGAAUCAUCGCUAUUAUAUCUGUGAUGGUAAUCCUCAUAUCGAUUGUGAUUUUCUGUGUAGAGACACUCCCAGAGUUCAAGGAUGAAAGGGAUAUGUCAGUGAUGAUACACCACAGAGGAAACAGCAGCGUGCCACACCAUGUUUCUUCUUCCGGCCCAUUUGAGGAUCCUUUUUUCAUUGUUGAGACUAUAUGCAUAUGUUGGUUUUCUUUUGAACUCUUUGUACGAUUUGCAGCAUCCCCAAGCAAGGCAGCUUUUUUCAAAAAUAUUAUGAAUAUAAUUGACUUUGUGGCUAUUAUCCCUUACUUUGUUGCAUUGGGGACAGAGUUCGCAAGACAAAAGGGUGUGGGCCAGCCUGCAAUGUCUUUGGCUAUCCUAAGGGUUAUCCGUUUGGUCAGAGUUUUCCGUAUCUUCAAGCUGUCCCGUCACUCAAAAGGCCUGCAGAUUCUGGGGCAGACACUGAAGGCCAGCAUGAGGGAAUUAGGCCUUCUCAUCUUCUUUCUGUUUAUUGGUGUCAUCUUGUUCUCUAGUGCUGUAUACUUUGCUGAAUCAGAUCAUGAUGCAACAGCCUUUACCAGUAUCCCUGAAGCCUUCUGGUGGGCAGUAGUUACCAUGACUACAGUUGGUUAUGGUGACAUGUCACCUGUGACUGUGGGUGGCAAAAUUGUAGGAUCUCUUUGCGCCAUUGCUGGUGUACUGACCAUCUCCCUUCCAGUACCUGUAAUUGUCUCUAACUUCAGCUAUUUCUAUCACCGGGAGACAGAAGGAGAAGACCCAACACAGUAUACACAUAUAACCACUUGCCCAUAUGUGCCACCCAGUCCUAAAGCACUGCCUAUCACUGACAAAAGUACUGGACAAGAAGAUGAGCUCCCAGAUGGCAUCUGUUCAUCGCUACAGACUGGCCACCUGAACAGUAUACCACACAGUGACAGUCACCAUCUUCAAGGUACCACUGAACAGGACUGUAAGCAUUUAGUCACUCAGGUGUGACACAUUGCUAGUAAGCUAUUUCCUUGCUGAGAGUGGAUGUCUUUCCUUAUUGAAACGGCAGAGUACAUUGCUUCCUGGGCAAAUCACAGAAAUACACAUAACCAGGAAAACUCUAAUGAGAAAGUAACAUGCAAAGUGUUCAUCAGAACUGAAAUAUUCAUGAGAAAUAAACAGCCAAAAACAUCUCACAACAGGCCUUUUUUAUAACAAAAGACUCUUAGAAGAUGACGUAUUUAAAGCCAGUUCUGUUUUUUAUUGUGGAAGUUAUGUUAUUAUUAUUUCUUUCUAUUCUCAUGACUCUCAGCAUUUUUAAAUAAAAUCAUGAAGUUCUCUAAUGGCCUGAAGGGACUCUGUUGGAAAUGUACUUGUCAUUAAAAGGUAAUGCAAGAUGGCAGCAGUUCACCAUCAUUCAACUUUUCUUAUGGGCACAGAGACCCCCUCUUUGAAGCAUUUACUUUUCUCUGAGCUUUAUAUUGUGUUUUAUUCCUUAACUGUAUUUCAGGACUAAGCACUAAGAAGCCUUAUUCAAAAAAACUACUAAUGUGAAGAGACACUGGUUACCUCCAACAGAUUCAGAUCAUGUGUUGGUGUUAUGCUGACUGAUACUAUUUGUCAUAGACUCUUCACCCAUUUACUAGCUUUUCUUACUGGCUUAUGAAAAGAGAUUGUGAAUUUAUGUUGAUUUCAAGUACAGGUAGUCCUGUGUACCUGGAAAGCUGUUUAUAUAAUAUACACUAAGACUGUGAAUUUAGCAGUUAUGCUGAAAGUAUUGAUUGUCUUGCGUGCACCUUUUAGCCCAGUAAACAAAUGUCCAUAUGUAGAAAAGGUACCCUUCAAGUAGAGGUUGAAAAGGGAGAAAUAGUCUUUGCACUCAGGGACUUCUAAGUCUUCCUUAUUGAUUUUUAGUGUUGCUGUGGUCAGCAGAUCCAUUUUUUUUCAGGACAUCAUAGUUCUGUUUGAGCUUCUUGUGUAGUUUUGUUGUGUAUGAUAUGGAUUUUAAAGGAGAGAGUUUAAACCAGAGAGUCAAGAGGGUUGUUAUUUUUCAUAACAACUGGUUAAAGGACAAGAAGUCACAGGAUAAUGUAAGUAAUAAUUACGAUUACUUGGAAAGGGGAAAACUCGUGUGAGUUAAGAAACAGCAUCCCACCAGAUGAAAAAGAAUUGUUAAGUAAAAACCUAUUGCAUGGAAGAUGCUGUCUUCCCUUGAUGUGGGCAGCAGAUAAUGUGUAGGUGUUAACAUGGAACCAUCAUGAGCAGUUUAGGCAGCUGAGAGAAAGAACCUACUCUGUGAUAAAUUGUAUUUUCUGAACAUGUGGAAUGUAUGGCAUAAUGACCUUAGCUUUCCUAGUUAAGGGACAGUUCAAAUGUAUGAUCGCCUUGAGGAUUCACGAGAGAGGGGCUAUAUGAACAGUUAAAUAAUAGACAGUUGGAUUCCAGGUGAUAUGUGAUCAGCAGCAGGGUUCAUUCCUGUGCAAGGUAGGCAGGCUUAGGAUUGUUAUGCAGAAUGCAUGAAACUAGCCAAUGGAGGAGGUUUAGCUGUGUAGUACCUCACAGAACUUCAUGCAGCGCUCCCUGCAUGGAUGGCAGUGAGGAAUUUGAGUACCGAAUCAUAGGAUAUUUUUUUUCCACUUCAGGCAUCUCAAGUGUAUUAAUCCCCAUUGUUGGAUUUGGAACAAUAUUUUUUCCAUUUGAAACAAAAGGGAUUCUGGAAGGUACUCACUUCCCUAGGUUCAACUAUGUGGAAUGGAUUACAUUGUACAAGAUACUUCACUCCCUACAAAAUCAGUGUACUGGCGGGACUGGCUGCUCUUAAAGACAGUGUAUACAUUUUUUUUUACUGUGCAGUGUAGUAUUAUCUCAUCUUCUUGCUCCACAAAUGUAAAUGCCAGUGGUAAACAUAAUGGCAUUUCUUUGUAUGAGGGAACAAGUAAGGUAAAGCUUUAACGGUGUAGUACUAACCACAGUAUGCUAGAAUGAUCAUGGUAUGUCAUGUGGUGGGGGUGACAAGUUUAGACUAAGAUGCAACCAGAAGUCAUAGAUAUUGUUCCCUAGUAUUAAUUAAAACCUUUUUUACAGGGGAUAUGCCUGCAGAGACUAUGUUUAAUAAUGUGAUGUGACACCUUGAAGAUAAAAGAAUUCCUCUGUGCAGCCUUGCAUUAAAGCUACUGUGUAUUGGGAGAUAGUUUUGUGUGAUGGACACCGGAACUAUAACAUAUCACAUCUAACAGAAAAAAAAUCUUCAUUAUUAAUCUCACUGUUUAGCAGCUUGUUUUCCUCAUGAAGACAUUCUGAUAGUCGUAUGUACCACCUAUGCGAUAGUUGUUACCUUUUCAAGUAGGGAACAGCACUCACCCUUUGCAUCGCAGUGCAAAUCCAUCUACUCAAUUCUUUUAAAAAGAAUACUGUGUCAGACAGCAUGGAAUAGUACCCGGCAGAUAGCACACUGUGUAUUGUAAGAAAUAAAUUAAUUUUCCUGUUUAUAAUUAAUAACUUUAAAGUAUAUUUUAAAAUGAGAUUAGACAUCAGCCAGUUUCAUUGACUAACUGGCUAAAUGAGAUCUGCUGACUAUGUCGGAAUCCGCCAUAUAUUUGCAUGAUCAGGCACUCAUCUCAUUCUUUUGUUUGCUCUAAAAUACAACUUUGGGUAAUUUUCAAACACAGUAAGUUACUUUGCAAUAAGUAAAAAAUUAUAUAAAAGCAAGUCUCAUGCACUAAAAGGACACAGGAGUUUUAUUUAUAUGCUUUAACAUAUGCCACAAUGUAGUUUAGCAAUUUCUAAAGAUUUAGCACUUACAACUCUUAAUACUGCACUCACUGGUUAAUGUUUAUCUGAAUUUUAGUUAUUCACUUGUAUUGUAAUGCCUUUUUGUCAUCUAAAUUUAAAACAGGAAAAAGUGAGUGUCCUGAAGUAGUGUCAUUUAUUCUUACUGCUAAAUUACAAUAUGAAUGUUUGAUUUAUUCUAAAUUGCACCAUACUGUGCUACACUGCACUACAAACCACAAUUUACAAUGCAUUGUAAGGGGUAUUUUUGCCAGUUGUAAAGGUACUGUUGAUGGGCAGUGACAACUGCAGUCUUGAUUAUACUAACAGAUGGUUGUGCAUUUUAUUGUACUUCAGUUUUAACAGUCAUUAUAAUAACCCCAUCAUUAUGCUCAUUCUAAAGAGGGUUAAAAUACCCGGUACCAUUCAAUUUGUUAUUAUUAUUAUUAUUAUUAUGUUUUUGUGAUACAGCAGCUGCUGGUAGCACAGUAUGGUGUCAUGUACAGCCAGUUGCAGGUUUUGUGCCCCAUUGUGAGCAAUAGAUUAGCCAACAAUUUGAUCCAAUGAUAAUAAUUUAUUUUUUGCAAUAACUUACUUGAAAUGUACUGUUAGCCUUAGUGAUAAGAACACAGAGAUUAAUGAGUGCAGAAUCUAUUAAUUGUGCAACCACCAUUAGUGGGAGUAAGCAGAUUGUCUUUAAGCCAUUUCCAACAACAAACUUCACCCCAAGUCUUAAGUAACAUUGACUGUUCAUAUGUUGUACCAAAAGGCAUUAUUGAGUGUCAGAAGUCUUUGUAUGUGUUCUAUAUAUUGCACUAUAUUAAUGUGAUGUCUCUCAUUUGCAAAAUAGUUUUGUGUCAUCAUUUCAUAAGAAAUGUUGGGUUUCUAGUAGGUAAGUAAUAAAAUAAAUUUUCACCUCUAACAACUUCAUAAAGGUUAAACCCUCAUAUUAUGUUGCAAUGGCAUUCUGACAGUUGAAAGAGUAUAAAAUGAACAUGCAUUUUGAUGAGCCCUUUACAUGAAAAUGCUGACCGUCAUUCUGCUAUAUGAGUUUUGAAAAUGAAAAAUCAUUAGGACUUAAAUCUACUGUUAGUGAAGCAAGGAUUAUGUCUCUAAUUUCUGUCUGCUUUUAUUUAACAUUGGUUUCUUUCUAUAAAUACUCUGCAUCCAGCAGUUUAAAAAUGUUGAAGAAUGCAUUCAUUAAAAUCAGGCUGAAACACUCCCACCACAAACUUUAUGAUGUAUUUAGCUGAUUUUACGAAACAGGAUACAACACCUUCAUGUCCUUUGUGGCAUAAUAUAUGAACAGUAAUGGAGCUGCCUUAUGGUGUGGACUGUGAAAUGAGCAUUGCUGUCAGCUCGGAACAUUAAUGAAAAAAAUUGUUCUCCACUUGGAUAUAAAAUAUUUAAUAUCACCUAUUGCUUGAUAACACCACCAAAAAUGUAGCAAGACUACUACUGUUAUAUAUUGUGUUUUAAUCCCACUAAGCACAAAUGAUUUUUACAAGGAUACCUUAACAGCACUGACUAUUUAAGUGACUUGAUCUGUGUCACAAAGUGCAGAAGUAGAAACUGAGUGAAUCAAACACAGGACUGUAGGAUGAAAGUUAUUAAAAGAUCACAGCUGUGCACCAUCUGCGGUAUUUUCACAGAACAGUAGUAUUUCUUUAUUGUUCAAAACUAUAAAUAAUAAUAAUAACACCAAAAGGCUAUAAAAUGUUGCAGAAUGCUUACAGUUAACAUGGCUGAAAGAAGAACUACUUGAAUGAAAGCGUAUCUGCCCACUGACAUGCACAUGUACUGUACUCCAUGAAGAUUUGGUAUUAGUCUCAUUUUGGCAAUUUCAAUGGGAUUUUAUGCUAUUUUUUUUUCUGAUAGCAGACUGUGUCUUAACAGCACAGUAUAUCAGAGUAGGCACAGGAAUACCUAUUUUGUGAUGUGGCCUGAGAGAAUUUUGUACUUGUGGCAUAAAAUGAUAUAUGGUGCACAGAAUAUUAAUAAUAGUAAUGGGGACAGAGGAAUAGAUGAAAGAAAAAAUGAGUCUGUUAACAAGGGGAGGAUAUAUUUCAGAGCAUAAGCAAAGCCAAGUAGAUUAAAUCAGAGACAUAGCUGCUCUACUUAGCUAGACUGCUCAUUUUUGAAAUUAAAAAAAAAGUGCAGUUAUAAAAAUGGAGCUGUGAUAACAUUAAUUAUGAAAGAUUAGUACCAAAGAAAUUGAGACAAAAGUUCAAAAGCAUGGAGGUCCAUGCAAGAAGGUCGAUGCUGCCAUAUUGAUAUUUUCAACUAAACAUUUGAGCAGAAACACUCAACAGGCAAACUGGCUGAAGUUUCCAAUCUGAAUGGCUUUGUGAUGCAUAUAUGCUUCAGAUGUUGUAAUAGGAAUGUUGAAUGUGUGUUGAUGCUUGAAGGUACCUGUAGUGCAACAGUAACUAUUAUCUACUCAACAAAAAACAACAAGCCAAACCCUAGGUACAUGUAAACCUGAUACAUGCAAGUUGGGGAGAGAUAAGGCAUGACACUUUAUAUCUAGCAUGCAGAUGCAGUCUUGCCUGUAGUGAGAUUUGUUAAAAGGCUAUGCAAAAGAAGUGCAAGGAGAAUAUAAUGUGCCCCCUCCCCUCUAACUUAUAUAUGUCUACUUCAUGGUUGCAUCACAGUAAGAAAAAGUGAAAAAAACCCACUGAAAGUUCAAUGCCAGCUUGCAGAAUCUAACUAUAAUAAAAAUGAACCAUGAUUUACAAAAUAAUGAAAAGCCGCUCAGAUGAAUAUGCCUCAGUUAUGUGUAGAUGUACCCCAUUUAAUUUAGGUAUACUGCAGUAUCUUGUACCACAGCCUGUGCUUUGCAGUUUGUUAUUAGUUUCAUUCAUCACAGUCAUUGUCUGGGUCAAGGAUAGAAAAAGAAAAGAAGUAAUAACUAUCCAUGAGGCUGCUGACAAUAAUGUCACAUGAACUAGAGGCAGGCACAUGUUACGGGACCUGUGAGCUCACUUAUUAUCAGUUAGGCAGGCGGAAAACUUGGAAUUUUCUGAAAAUGAGGAAAACAAGAAAUGUAUUUUUGUUAUACAAAAUAAUCAGUUUGACUAUAUUACUUAGGGCUGUAUAUACUAUUUCAAACCACAUAUUAGAGCUUAAAUUUCACAGUUAUAACUCAUGUUGUUCGGUUUAUCUAGAUUAUAUAGGAACUCAUGCUCCCUUAGGGAAACUUGCAAGGUUCCACAGUGGCCCUUACUAUUGUUUUACUGAUCACAAAUAAUUGCUGAAUAUAGUAAAAGAGUUAGUAGAAAAGAACAUAAGCAUUAUGUUAAGUCACGUUAGAGAAUAUGCACCAAAUCUUUAAUGUUUUGAUGGAGUUCGUAUUCCAAAAGAAAAAAAAAAUUACCCUGUUUUGGAGAUCCAAACAGAAUAUCUUCCUAUUAAAUGAAAACUGCCAGGUUGCAGGUCUGACCUAAGUUAUUCUUACAAGCUACUGCUGGAAAAUAAAAAUAAAAAAGUAAAAUGUACUUAUGUCCAGUGGAUUACAGCUGCCCAAUGUCAGAGAGACUGAAUAGAAUGUUGUCUCUCUCCUGGUGCUAAGCUCAUUGGGUGUUGCUGAAGACUCAGCAUGGGUAACACAAUGACCAUGUAUGUAAUAGAGAGAUUCUUUAAUGGCUUUAAAGUUGACUUAAAUAUUAUAAGGAACAUUUCAGUGAGGGAAAAGAUCACAAAGAACUGUGUUGUGUAAUCCUGUAUAGAAAUGCAAAAUGCAAGGGAAUAUUGUGAGAUCUGUCCUUGGCCCCAUCUCUUCCUUUUUUUGUUUCACUGGACUGCCCAAGAAUUUCUAAGCUUUGUAGCAUAAAUAUGUGAACUACUGAAUUAGGUGAAAUUAUACAAUGGCUGGCCAUUAGUAUUCAAAAACGUGCACACUGAUUGGCCAGCCCAACCAGCGUGCCAGUUGUAA